UACUGAGCCUGCCCUCUAGAGUCCACGAGCCACGACUACUGAGCCCACGUGCCACAACUACUGAAGCCCGCAUGCCUAGAGCCUGUGCUCCGCAACAAGAGAAGCCACCACAAUGAGAAGCCUGCGCACCGCAACGAAGAGUAGCCCCAGCUCGCCGCAACCAGAGAAAAGCCCGCACGAAAUAAAUACAUACAUACAUACAUACAUACAUACAUACAAUGAGAAGCCCGUGUGCCGGAACAAAGGGUAGCCUCCGCUCACCACAACCAGAGAAAAGCCCGUGAGAAAUAAAUACAUACAUGGAUACAUACAAUGAGAAGCCCGCGUACCGAAAUGAAGAGUAGCCUCCGCUCACCACAACCGGAGAAAAGCCCGCGCGAAAUAAGUACAUACAUACAUACAUGCAAUGAGAAGCCCGCGUACCACAACAAAGAGUAGCCUCCGCUCCCCGCAACCAGAGAAAAGCCCGCGUGAAAUAAAUACAUACAUACAUACAUACAAUGAGAAGCCCGCGUACCUCAACGAAGAGUAGCCUCCACUCGCCGCAACCAGAGAAAAGCCCGCGUGAAAUAAAUACAUACAUACAUACAAUGAGAAGCCCGCGUACCGCGACGAAGAGUAGCCUCCACUCACCGCAACCAGAGAAAAGCCCGCGCGAAAUAAAUAAAUACAUACAUACAUACAUACAAUGAGAAGCCCGCGUACCGCGACGAAGAGUAGUCUCCGCUCCCCGCAACCAGAGAAAAGCCCGCGCGAAAUAAAUACAUACAUACAUACAUACAUACAAACAAACAGCUGCCAGUGCUAGCAAGGUGACCGUGGAACAGAGGGGCAGGGUAGCGCAGUGCACGAUGAGGUGGAAGGAAAGAGGUCGGCAGGGACCUCAUCCCGCAGGACCCUGCAGACCUUGUAGGACCUUGAGGGGGUCGUGGAGACAGGACUGGCCGUUACGGAGCCAGCGAUCGUUCACAGGAUGAUGGUGGGGAGAACCGCAGCCGGGAUCACGACUACCGGGACAUGGACUACCGCUCGUAUCCCCGCGAGUACGGCAGCCAGGAGGGCAAGCACGACUAUGAUGACUCGUCCGAGGAGCAGAGUGCAGAGGAUUCCUACGAGGCCUCCCCGGGCUCCGAGACUCAGCGUAGGCGGCGGCGGCGGCACAGGCACAGCCCCACCGGCCCACCAGGCUUCCCCCGAGACGGCGACUAUCGGGACCAGGACUAUCGGACCGAGCAAGGGGAGGAGGAGGAGGAGGAGGAGGAGGAGGAGGAGGAGGAGAAGGCCAGUAACAUCGUCAUGCUGAGGAUGCUGCCACAGGCAGCCACUGAGGAUGACAUCCGUGGCCAGCUGCAGUCCCACGGCGUCCAAGCACGGGAGGUCCGGCUGAUGCGGAACAAAUCCUCAGGUCAGAGCCGGGGCUUCGCCUUCGUCGAGUUUAGUCACUUGCAGGACGCUACACGAUGGAUGGAAGCCAAUCAGCACUCCCUCAACAUCCUGGGCCAGAAGGUGUCCAUGCACUACAGCGACCCCAAGCCCAAGAUCAAUGAGGACUGGCUGUGUAAUAAGUGUGGCGUCCAGAACUUCAAACGCCGUGAGAAGUGCUUCAAGUGUGGUGUGCCCAAGUCAGAGGCAGAACAGAAGCUGCCCCUGGGCGCCAGGUUGGAUCAGCAGACGCUACCGCUGGGUGGUCGGGAGCUAAGCCAGGGCCUGCUGCCCCUGCCACAGCCCUACCAGGCCCAGGGAGUGCUGGCCUCCCAGGCCCUGUCACAGGGCUCGGAGCCGAGCUCAGAGAACGCCAACGACACCAUCAUUUUGCGCAACCUGAACCCACACAGCACCAUGGACUCCAUCCUGGGGGCCCUGGCACCCUACGCAGUGCUGUCCUCCUCCAACGUACGCGUCAUCAAGGACAAGCAGACCCAACUGAACCGUGGCUUUGCCUUCAUCCAGCUCUCCACCAUCGUGGAGGCAGCCCAGCUGCUGCAGAUCCUGCAGGCCCUGCACCCGCCGCUCACCAUCGACGGCAAGACCAUCAACGUUGAGUUUGCCAAGGGUUCUAAGAGGGACAUGGCCUCCAACGAAGGCAGUCGCAUCAAUGCUGCCUCUGUGGCCAGCACUGCCAUUGCCGCGGCCCAGUGGGCCAUCUCGCAGGCCUCCCAGGGUGGGGAGGGUGCCUGGGCCACCCCCGAGGAGCCACCGGUCGACUACAGCUACUACCAACAGGAUGAGGGCUAUGGCGGCAGCCAGGGCACAGAGUCUUCUCUCUAUGCCCAUGGCUACCUCAAGGGCACGAAGGGCCCCGGCAUCACUGGAACCAAAGGGGACCCAGCCGGAGCAGGUCCCGAGGCCUCCCUGGAGCCUGGGGCAGACUCUGUGUCCCUGCAGGCUUUCUCCCGCACCCAGCCUGGUGCCACCCCUGGCGUCUACCAGCAGUCAGCAGCUGAAGCGAGCGGCAGCCAGGGCACUGCUGCCAACAGCCAGUCAUACACCAUCAUGUCACCCGCUGUGCUCAAAUCUGAGCUCCAGAGCCCCACCCAUCCCAGCUCUUCCCUGCCACCAGCCACGAGUCCCUCUGCCCAGGAGUCCUACAGCCAGUACCCUGUUCCUGACGUCUCCACCUACCAGUACGACGAGACAUCUGGCUACUACUAUGACCCCCAGACUGGCCUCUACUACGACCCCAACUCUCAGUACUACUACAAUGCUCAGAGCCAGCAGUACCUGUACUGGGAUGGGGAAAGGCGGACCUAUGUUCCUGCCCUGGAGCAGUCAGCUGAUGGGCAUAAGGAAACAGGGGCGCCCUCAAAGGAGGGCAAAGAGAAGAAGGAAAAGCACAAGACCAAGACGGCCCAACAGAUCGCCAAGGACAUGGAACGCUGGGCCCGCAGCCUCAACAAGCAAAAAGAAAACUUCAAAAACAGCUUCCAGCCCAUCAGUUCCCUACGAGACGAUGAAAGGCGGGAGUCGGCCACUGCAGAUGCCGGCUACGCCAUCCUCGAGAAGAAGGGAGCACUAGCCGAGAGACAGCACACCAGCAUGGACCUCCCAAAACUGGCCAGUGAUGACCGCCCAAGCCCGCCGAGGGGGCUGGUGGCAGCCUACAGCGGAGAGAGUGACAGUGAGGAGGAGCAAGAGCGCGGGGGCCCGGAGCGGGAGGAGAAGCUCACUGACUGGCAGAAGCUGGCCUGUCUGCUCUGCCGGCGCCAGUUCCCCAGCAAGGAGGCGCUCAUCCGGCACCAGCAGCUCUCCGGGCUCCACAAGCAAAACCUUGAGAUUCACCGGCGAGCCCACCUGUCAGAAAAUGAGCUGGAGGCACUUGAGAAGAACGACAUGGAGCAAAUGAAGUACCGGGACCGCGCAGCUGAACGCAGAGAGAAGUAUGGCAUCCCUGAGCCGCCGGAGCCCAAGAGGAGGAAGUAUAGCGGCAUGUCUGCGGCCUCUGUGGACUUUGAGCAGCCCACGCGGGAUGGGCUGGGCAGUGACAACAUUGGCAGUCGCAUGCUCCAGGCUAUGGGCUGGAAAGAGGGCAGUGGCCUGGGCCGCAAAAAACAGGGCAUUGUGACUCCCAUUGAGGCCCAGACACGGGUGCGGGGCUCUGGCUUGGGUGCCCGAGGCAGCUCCUAUGGGGUCACCUCAACCGAGUCAUACAAGGAGACGCUGCACAAGACAAUGGUGACCCGCUUCAACGAGGCCCAGUGAGCAGCUGCAAGACCUACUUAUACUUAUGUCGGGUGUCCAGCCUGGAGCGGGGGAGGAUGAAUUGUUGGGUGGUCAGAGCAGGGGCCCUGCACCUGUCUACCAGCCCAGCUCCGCAGCCAGAGAGGCCCUGACCAAGUCAGACUUAAGAGUUGGUGACUUUUAUUGGAAAACUGGGCUGGGUUCAUGUCUUUCUUUUUGUAAUAAAAGCUGAAAAGUC